CGACCCACCGACCCAGCCAAUUCCCCAUUAUGGCUUGUCGCAGCUCUUGCUGGGUCUAUGCCCUCUCCAUUACAAGCCUCGUGCUGGCCAUCACUCUAAUUGUGUUGGCCAUCUGUAGCCAACGAGUGCCGAGCGAGUUGGGGAACGAAAUGAACAUCGAGAGAAAGUUGGAUGCGGUCGCUUGGCAGCCGACUCCGAUGGCCAGUGACAUGGAAGAUUUGGCUACCCGAGUGCUCCCGUUAAUCGGCACAACAACAACAACAACAGCAACAACAACAACAACAGAAACAACAUCAACUGCAGCAACACCAACACCAACGCCAUCGGCCUCAAUGUUCACAACAACAAGUGCAGAAAUCUCUUCCGGGUCGUACGACACUGCGAGCAGAACAUCCCAAUUGUAUUCUACCACAGAGGAGACAACGGCAUGGAAAACGCUGACUUCGCAUCCGAAUUCUUUGGUGCAAUUACUGCCAUCGCGUGCCAUGCGAGUGGUGCAAGAAGUGGUUCGCUCGCUACGGAAGGAACGCGAGAUUGUUGUGACCACAACGGCGGGCAAGAUACGUGGCCGCUAUCAGAAGUAUCGAUCGGGCGAACGCGGGGGCUACUACAGCUUCAAGGGCAUACGCUAUGGUGCAGCGCCAGUGGGUGCCAAAAGAUUCCGCGCCGCUGAACCGGAGAGGCCAUGGACAGGUGUGCGCGAUGCUUCGCGUGAGGGGCAGAGUUGUCCACACAAGAACAUGAUAUUGGACACCUUUAAGGGCGAUGAGGACUGCUUGUUCCUCAAUGUAUUCACAACACGCAUGCCUAAGGACGAUGAUUCCCAACCCAAGCUACCUGUGAUGGUUUGGCUGCAUGGUGGUGGCUUCUCCUUCGGCUCGGGCAACUCUUUUCUAUACGGUCCCGAUUAUUUGGUUGCGGAAGACAUUGUGCUCGUCACACUGAACUACAGACUUGGCCCACUUGGCUUCUUGACUGCCGGACCAGAUGCGCCUGGCAAUCAGGGCUUGAAGGAUCAGGUGCUCGCUUUGAAGUGGGUGCACAAUAAUAUUGGCGCCUUCGGCGGAGAUCCGCAGCAGGUGACCAUCUUCGGUGAAUCUGCGGGCGCCUCCUCGGUUCAGCUACUACUGCUCUCUCCACAAGCCAAGGGUCUCUUUCAUCGCGCCAUCUCACAGAGCGGCUCGGCGCUCAAUCCCUGGUCCAUGGGCGCCAGUUCGGGGGAGCGAGCAGCUCGCUUGGCUGCCAACCUGGGCUAUGUCGGCACCAACAAUACUGAGGAUAUUCUGGACUUUCUGAGACGUGUGCCAGCCAUGAAGUUAGUGGAAGCAGCGCCUACUACCUUGACGGCAGAGGAUCAACGUAACAAUGUCGGACUGCCGUUUGUGCCGGUCGUUGAGGGCUACUGGAACAAGGAGUCGCGGCUGGAGGAGGAGUUCUAUGAGCCACCAUUCCUCACCGAGCACCCCAGCGAUAUGUACAAUGAGCACAAUUUCAACAGUGAGGUGCCCUACAUGACUGGCUACAACACGCACGAGGCCAUGUUGUUCAUAAGAAGACUACGCAAGAACCCGCAGCUGCUGAGCAUCAUUGAAAAUGAUUUUGGCCGCUUAGUGCCUCACGAUCUCAAUGUGACGCAUGUACAUGAUCGUGUCACGCGUGAGAUUCGCUCAUUCUACUUGGGAUCCAAGCACGUGGGCCUCGAGUCUGUCGAUGAGAUGAUAGCGCUGCUCACCGAUCUGAUGUUCCUUCAAGGGAUUCGUCGGACUGCUCGCAAUCACGCCAAGUACGGAAAUGCGCCGGUCUAUAUGUAUCGCUUCUCGUUUGAUGGCGCCUUGGGCCUUUAUAAACGCAUGUUGGGUAUUCCCCGGCCAGGCGUUUGUCAUGGCGAUGAAAUGGGCUAUCUUUUCAAAUUCGGCUUCUUCAACUUGAGCCUGGAUCCCAAAUCCAUGGAGGUGCAGGUCAAAAAUCGCAUGGUCCGCAUGUGGACGAAUUUCGCCAAAUAUGGCACACCCACUCCGAAUGUCGAGGAUCCCAUGUUAUCAACCAAAUGGGCGCCCAUCGAUUCAACAAAUGUGAUGAACAGUCUGAAUUAUUUAGACAUUUCAUCUUCGCUGGAUAUGAAAACAAACCCGGAACCGGAACGCCAACGUUUCUGGGACGAAAUGUACCAGCACUACAAUGGUGCGGCUAUGUAGAGUCCUUAGCACUGUCUCCCACACGCACACAUACAUAUAUUCACACCUGCACAUAGCACACACAUAUACACACACACAUAUGCAUACAUACAUAUUUACUUGAUUCGUAACCAUUGCCAUUUUGCGAAAGAGAGCGCAAAACAUAUUUAAAGCAAUUUCAUUGUACAAUUUACGUAGUUUGUAGUUAUAUAUGUAUAUUUAGUAGCUAUGCUUAGUAUAUAGUUAGUAAGUGUUGCAGCAUUUAUACAAUACAUAUUCACACAAUCAGAAACAAACUAAACGUACACAAACACAACCACACUAAACACACACACACACACACACACACAGAGAGACACAUAUACUUAUUUUAUUUAAGUAUUGUAAUUAUUAGGAUACCCCAAAGCCAAUAUCUUUUCCUUAUACGCAAUAUCAGGUGUAAAUAGUCUUAACGAAAUGUCAAUUUUUACACGUGCUCU